CGGCGGCGGCAGAACAUUGAGCGGAUGAACGAGGAGAUGGAAAAGAUCGCCGAGUACGAGCGCAACCAGCGGGACGGUCUCCACGACCGGAACCCGGUGCGGAAUUUUCUGGAUGACCCACGGCGCUGCGGCCCGGCUCAGGAGGAAGGGAGCCGGCGGCACGGCCGCAACUGGGGCGGCCCCGACUUCGAGGGCGUGAGGGCGGGCAUGGAGCGCGAGAAGGGCCGCAGCCCGAAGGCGGCCGACGUGACGCUGUCCAUGACGGGCCGCGAGCGCGCCGAGUACGAGCGCUGGAAACGGGAACGGGAACGCAUCGACCGCGAGCGCCUGGCCCGGCACCGGCAGCCCACCGGGCAAUGGCGCCGCGAGUGGGACGCCCACAAAUCCGACAGCAUGUUCAAGGACGGCGCCCCCCCCUCGGAUCCCGGUGCGUUCCCCCCUUCAUUUUUUUGGGGCCAAUUUCUUCCACCCAACUUGGAACCCAUUGGCCAUACCGUUGGCAUUGAGGUUGGCAUUGACCCCUACCACCACCACUCCCUCGUUAACCUAACGAGGAUCAUCAACCUAAGGAACGUCAUCAACCCAACAAACUUCAUUAACCUAACAAGCUUCAUUAAGGUAACGAGCUUCAUUAACGAGCUUCGUUGA